AUGUACCCAGCCAAGUUUGAAUUUUCAUGGCCAGGUUCCUACACGCUAGACGAGACAUGCAUCUUCCUCGGUGCAUAUGGUGUCACCAAAAUUGCCAAAUAUUUCUUACAAGAGCAUUUUAUGAUUGACAAAGUUCACACUGUAAAGGUUCGAGUCUGGAUCCUUCUUGACGGGCGUUGCUUUGAUUCUUCCUCCGCCAACUUGAUCCUGGCUGCAUCAAGUCUGCCUAUGAGCCAACUAUCAACUCAAGCCGAGGUCUUUAGAAAGACACAAAUGCCGCUUGGAAUUGCCGCCUACUUUUCAAGAAUUAUGAACCAUCAUGUUCUUGUUCGUCUAAGCCCCGCCUCCUACUACCUCCUUUAUUCUUCAGGCCCAGACUGUACCCCUCCAUCUUGA